CUGAAAACUUCGGUGCUGUAUGGGAUAUGAGCCACAUAGUUCUAUAAUAAAGUCAUAAUUUGCCUGUGCUGUUAAUUGACGCAAAUCUGCUUCGAGCGGAGGUCUUUCUAUUUUAUCAGUAUCGGGUACGUUCGAGAUGUAAGCGAAAAUCGCGCGGACAUUACGCGAACGGGAAGAAGAGGCGCUCGGAGCACCACGUGCACCUCCGCGCUACGAUGGCGAAUCGGGUGCUCGGCAGCGCGACGGUGAACACGCCUAAAAAGCUGUACAAAUACCUAUUGCGCGAAUGCGAGAAGCUGCCGGAACACACGCAGCAGUUUUACAAGCACUCGGUGAAACAAAGUUUCAAGCAGCACGCCUCGGAGUCCGACGAGGAACGCGUGCAGCAAAUCAUGGAGCAGGCGCUGCUGGACGCCAAGUGGGUGAUACAGAAGUACAACCAGCCGGGCGGUGCACCGACGUCCAAAUGAUAAGUCGACACGUUGUAACAUACCAAGCGCACGUGGCAAGUUAGUAUC